AUGUUACCGACCAUGUUACGCGAUUCUCAAACUCACCAUGAGUGCCUCAUGGAGAUCCAUAACAUGCUCAAUACAACUCCAACCGAGAACCUCAACCACGACUAUCUCCAACAGCUUUUCCAACGACACAUUGAGCGAAUGAGAUACAAGGAACGUCUUAAUAAUGAAACGGUUCACACCAAGAUCCAGAAAGACGAGUGCCCAAUCUACAGGGAAGCCCAGGCCAAGUGGGAGGAAACUAUCAAGGAGCGCCUACAGGGUUUGAGUGAUGUUUCGGGAUAUCCCACCACAAAACCGAGGGAGAGUACCUCGGUGGAAAAAUACAGUAUCAGCGCCUUGUGGGAUAAGCAUUGCGAAUUUGAUAUAAACUCCAUCGGACACUUCAUUUCGGCUGAAGAGCUACGACCGCUGAUCAAACCCCUGCAAAAUCAACAGAAAGCUCUGGAUGUGAAUGAACUCCUGGACCAAUUCAGACCGCUUCUGACUGCCACAAUCCUAGACGAAGACGAAGGACAUGUCUUAGCGAGCUGCAGUUACGAUCGUGUGCGGAAUCUCCUGCAGACCAGAGGAUGCAGCAACGAGAACAGACUUAGGCUAUGGGGCCUCGUUCUCGGACUCUCGAGCGCAGCUGACAACGAGGUUCGUUACGAGUACGUGAGGAGGCUUGUCCUGGAUUAUGACUGUCUUAUCGACAAAUUCCUCUUCAAGGACAUCCGCACCAGAGCGUCGAACGACGAUCAGUUCUUCGUUUUUGAAGAACAGGUCUUCCAAAUCCUUCUGGCGUUCCAACGGGAAACUCUCUCGGAAGACCUCACAACGUUCUCGUCCUCGAUGAUUGUCCCGAAUGUCAUCCUAGCAGCCCCUUCGGCCCUCGUGGCUCCCGUAUGUUUCGUUACAUCUUCGAUGCCUGACGCUUUCCACAUAUUCAGCACACUCGCCAAGAGAUACUUUGCCUACCUAACGCGUCUGACCUCAAAUCGCAACGGGAUCGUGAAUCUUUUUCAUGUUUUCAACUCGAUCAUAUCACUCUUGAAACCGAAACUUUUCGAGCAUUUACUGCCGAUCACUGUAGAAGAAGAAAUUCUGGACAUUCUCCUCAGUGCCUUCGCUGGACCAUUGGCAGCCGAUCAAGUCCUUAUUCUGUGGGACACAAUGAUCGGUUUCGAUUCUACUCUGGUUCUCGCACUGCUUGCAGUCGGAGUCGUUCUCACCAGGCAGAAAGCCCUAGAGGCUUGCGACAACAGACCGAAAUUGAGGGAACUGCUGCAGAACCUCCGUGACGUCCAGGUGAUACCUACGCUGAAAUUCGUCUUGGGCCAGUUGGAAAUGCUGGGCAGCACGAUGAAUUCACGUUUUCUUGACUCUUCUUGAUGACUUCGCGUGCCAAGACUCUUCGAGGCCUUUAAUUUCCGUGUCAAACCCGAGUACUUAUAUGUCGAAUAAAGUUGAGCCGCUCUCAAUCGAUUGGAUUGAGAAUGGCGCGUGCACUCUGGACGAGAAUUUCGAACUA